GAACUCAGUCUGAUUCUAGCGUCUGAAUUGUGUGGACGUGUAUUCAUUUUGUGGGAAAAGAAAAGUUGGAAUAAAAAUGAAGUUUUCUCUGGCUUUGUGCCUGAUUGCCAUUACAGCCGGCAUUGUGGUUGCGGAUGAGAGCAAAGGACCCAAAGUGACCGACAAGGUUUUCUUUGACAUCACCAUUGGCGGUGAGGCAGCAGGUCGCAUUGAGAUCGGUUUGUUUGGAAAAACUGUGGAGAAGACCGUGAGGAACUUCAAGGAGCUGGCUGAGAAGCCACAAGGCGAGGGCUACAAGGGCAGCAAGUUCCAUCGCAUCAUCAAGGACUUUAUGAUCCAGGGUGGCGACUUCACCAAGGGCGACGGCACUGGCGGCCGUUCCAUCUAUGGCGAGCGCUUCGAGGAUGAGAACUUCAAGCUGAAGCAUUAUGGCGCCGGCUGGUUGAGCAUGGCCAAUGCUGGCAAGGACACCAACGGUUCGCAGUUCUUCAUUACCACCAAGCAGACCAGCUGGCUGGAUGGCCGUCAUGUGGUCUUUGGCAAGGUUCUCUCCGGCAUGGAUGUGGUGCGCAAGAUCGAGUCGAGUGCCACAGACGCACGCGAUCGUCCCGUCAAGGAUGUGGUCAUCGCCAACAGCGGCACCAUUCCAGUUCCCGAACCCUUCGCCGUCUCCAAGACUGAUGCCACAGAAUAAGCAAUAUCUAUAUAUAUAAAUAUACCUACCACUCGCAUAUAUACAUAUUAGUGUGGCUUUUAAACGAAA